AUGGCAUGCAUGAAUCAGUAUACAGAGUUUAAUUUACAACAAGAUUGCAGUAGAGGACUUUUUCUACAAAAUUUGAUUCCCAUAAUUACAGGAUUCGUUCAUUAUACGAUCGAAACCGAGAUAAAGAUUGAUGGCAUUUCAAACAUCGACUUUGUUAAGCAGACUUUUCACAUACAAGUGGAAGUCGAACAAUAUCUAAUGGAUUUGAAAACUCGUCAUUGGCAGAAGUCAGAAGCUCUUGAAAAGCCUGACAACGUAUUCCGGGACAUCAAGUUUGAUGUUGUCCACAGUGAAGUACUGGAAUAUGUAGAGUUUGCUAAAGAUUAUGCAAACGUCACAGGCGUAAGACGAAGAGAGAUGUUAACUGUUCUAUGUGGGAUCUCCCACUAUUUUCCUUUGGACACCCAUACAUGUCUCCUGAAAAUGAUUUCAAGGAAAAUACCGUCGGACGAACUUCUUCUUAAAUGGCGUAACCCGCCACAUACGUCUGUGCCUACACUGAACGUGCCAUUUUUAGUACUGAGCAAGGUGACGCCUAUCACAUGCAUGCAUAACUUGGGACUAACAUCUUCAAAUUCUGCAAGAUCAACAUUUGUGUCGCACGCGUGUAUAGGCAUCCGACUCGAGCUCAAACGACCGUUAUCCACAGCUCUCUAUAGGUUUUACAUACCGACUUCAUUGAUGCUCUUCAUGGCAUGGUUAUGUUUCUACAUUGAUCGCGCCAAUUACGGUAUCAGACUGAUGCUUAUAUUAGCCUCUAUAGCACUGCAAAUAACCUUCUGUUCUUUAUUUAUUUAUCUCUCCGGUAUCUAUGUUGCCACAAUAACGCCGGCCGAUGUAUGGUGCGCACUGCUAGCUGUUCACUCCAGUGCUGUAGUUAUGUUUAUAUUCGUUUCUGUGGUAAUGGAAUCACGCGUAAGAAAAUAUCGUGCGCUGUCUAUGGGCAGCAAGGAUAUUAGAGAUGAAAGCAGAUUACGGCAUGAGCGACGAGCGAUGCGGAGUGCCAUGUAUAAGAAGGAGGAAGAUCUGGAGAGGUCAGCUUGUGGCUAUGCCACUAUAACACAGUCUUACUUUCGAAGAUGUGGAGAUAACGCUUCGUUAUACUCCGCUCGUCUUGACAUCACAGCGCGGGUGGUCUGUCCUGUUCUUUUUAUACUUUUGACCAGUAUAUACUUUUUGUUGUACAUGCUUUCUUCUUACCAGCAGAAUUGAAUAAGUGUUGCG